AUGUUAGGACUUUUAGAUAGCGGCGCAAGCAUUAGCUGCUUAGGAGCCGGAUGUCUUGACCUCGUUAAAUCAGAGGGUGUUUCAUUUAAAUCCUUCUGUUCAAAAGUGAGAACAGCUAGUGGUCAGAACCAACCUAUUAUUGGUGAACUUACUACUUCAGUAACCUAUAAAGGAAUAACAAAACAAAUAACAUUAUAUUUAGUUCCCUCAUUGGAACAAACCUUGUAUCUAGGUGUCAAUUUCUGGAAAUCCUUUGAAAUUGCACCUCAGAUAAUUUCAGAGAUAUCUUCUAUAGAUUUAGAUAGUUGUCGCGAUUCAAAUGCUCACGAGCUAUCUCCAGAUCAGACAAGUAAACUACAAAGUGUUAUAGGCUUGUUUCCAUCCGCAGCCAAAUUUGGGCUCGGUAAAACGAAGCUAGAAGAACAUACAAUAAAUACAGGUGAUGCUGAGCCCGUGAAACAGCGGCAUUACCCGGUUUCUCCCGCGGUACAGGCGCUGAUGUAUGAUGAAUUGGAUAGAAUGCUUGCUUUGGGAGUAAUCGAGGAGAGCCAGAGUGCCUGGAGCUCACCCAUGGUACUAGUACAAAAGCCUGGGAAAAAUAGAUUAUGCCUCGACUCCAGAAAAGUAAACAAAGUUACGAAAAAAGAUGCAUAUCCUCUUCAUCAUGUUGAUGGUCUGCUUAGUCGCCAAACAAACACGCACUUUAUAUCCACUGUGGAUCUAAAGGACGCGUUUUGGCAGAUACCGCUUGAGAAAACAUCAAGGGAAAAGACCGCGUUUACCGUGCCUGGCAGAGCCUUAUAUCAAUUCACGGUAAUGCCCUUUGGUCUCUGCAACGCUGCACAAAGGCUAUGCAGGCUCAUGGACAAAGUGGUGCCACAUGAAUUGAGACAACACAUCUAUGUUUAUUUGGAUGAUUUGUUGGUAGUUUCCUCGACAUUUGAAGAGCAUAUUACCAUUCUUACGAAGCUUGCAAUGCUUUUGAAAAACGCUGGCUUAACCAUUAAUUUGACAAAAUCGAAAUUUUGUUUCAAAGAAUUAAAAUUCUUAGGUUAUAUAAUAGGGGGUGGAUGUAUCCGGACAGACCCGGAUAAAGUUUCUGCCGUUAAGAAUUUUCCCAUUCCAAAAACGAAAAGACAAGUGAGAAGAUUUUUGGGUUUAUCUGGUUGGUAUAGGCGUUUUGUAAACAAUUAUUCAGCUCUAGCUGCACCGUUGUCAGAUACGACCAAAAACAGUAAAACUUUUGUUUUUACGCCAGAGGCCUUAAAAGCGUUUGAGGAACUCAAAAGAGCUUUAACAUCUUCACCUAUAUUAAUCAAUCCAGAUUUUCAAAAACCUUUCAAGAUACUUUGUGAUGCGUCUACGACAGGUGUAGGAAGUGUUCUGUGUCAGGAAGAUGAGGACGGUAUUGAAAGGCCAAUCUUUUAUUUUUCCCACAAGUUGUCUCCAGCGCAGCGAAACUAUAGCAUCACCGAAUUAGAAUGUUUAGCAGCGGUCCUUGGAGUAGAAAAGUUUAGAUCCUAUGUAGAGGGACAAGAAUUUACAGUCGUCACUGAUCAUGCCAGCCUGCGUUGGCUAAUGAGUCAAAAAGACUUAACCGGACGAUUAGCCCGUUGGAGCCUCCGGCUUCAACGCUUCAAAUUCGACAUAGCUCAUAGAAAGGGGACACAAAAUGUUGUUCCAGAUGCGCUUUCUAGGGUCUAUAGUGUAGAUGAAAUAGCAUCUUUGGAUAAUAAAUCAAGUGCCAGCGAUGUUUUACAAAUUGAUCUCACGGAUCCAACAUUUCAAUCUGAUGAAUAUAAAGAUUUAAUUAAUACCAUUGAAACUAACCAAAACCAACUACCCGAUCAUCGAUUAUCAGAUGGCUACGUAUAUAAAAAGGUGAAACCUUGUACGGGUGAUCCUAUCGAGGAUGAUUGCAUUUGGAAGCUCUGGAUUCCAUCCUUGCUAACAAAAAGCUUAAUACAGUUAGCGCAUGAGCCUCCAAAAGCAUCUCACGGUGGGAUUGCCAAGACACUGUAUCGUUUACGCGAUCGAUUUUACUGGCCUAAUAUGGCGGCUCAGGUGAAAUCGUUUGUAGGACAAUGCGAUGUAUGCAAAACGACAAAAGCACCGAAUUCAAUCCUAAGACCACCAAUGGGACAGGCAUUCAUAGUAGACAGGCCAUUCCAACAUGUCUAUGUGGAUUUUUUGGGUCCAUACCCGAGGUCUAAAAAUGGUAACACACAUAUUCUAGUUUGUCUUGACCAAUUGACUAAAUUUGUGCUUGUUAAAGCCUUAAGAAAAGCCACUGGGGAAAAUGCUAUACGAUUUUUGGAAGAUGAAGUAUUUUCAAUCUUCGGAGUACCCGAGUCGUUAUUGUCCGACAACGGUAAACAAUUUAUUGGGAAAGAAUUUUCAAAAUUUCUGACAAACUAUGGCACGAAACAUAUAAAAACAGCAUCAUAUGCUCCACAAUCGAAUGCGAGCGAACGAGUCAACCGCUCCAUCCUUGCCGCAAUUCGAUCAUAUAUAGGUAAAGAACAGAGUCACUGGGAUCAACAUCUACAAUCCAUCGUUAGUUCUCUGCGGUCAACCAUUCAUUCCGCGAUUGGUAUGUCGCCCCAUGAAGCUCUCUUUGGCCAUAGUAAGAUCGAGCAUGGUUCGGAUUAUGAACUUCUUAAAAAACUUAAAAGCCUGAGCAACCCAGAAUUUACUAUCAUUCCGAAAUCGGCAAAAAUGAAUAUAAUUCAUAAGAGAAUUAAAGACGCUUUAGCGCAAUCACACAAAAUUUAUGAAAAAAGUUACAACUUACGGAGCAAAGGUCGCCUGUAUAAGAUAGGCCAGAAGGUGUUCAAACGAAACUUUAUACUAAGCGAUGCCUCUAAAAACAGGAAUGCAAAACUUUGCCCAAAAUUUGUUCCAGCAUUAAUUAAGAGCAUAGUAGGCAAUAGCUUAUAUGAGCUUACUGAUUUAAGUGGUAAUGACCUAGGAGUUGUACAUGGUAAGGACAUUCGUGAGUAA